AUGAAUUAAUUGUUUAAACUUACACCUAAAGAAUUGGCAAUAAGAAAGGAUAUUGUAGUGAUUAGCGAUAAAGGAUUACGUUUUAGGGAAGAGAUAAAGUCAUAAGAAUAAUUUGACUUAGAUGAUUUCCAUUUACCUAAAAGUAAUUCUAUCAUAUUUACAAUCAAGUAAAUUCCUAAAAGGAAAAACCAUACACUAGAAGAUAAGUACUCUAAGGAGAAAAAUCAAAAGAAUUAUUGGUUGUUGAUUUGAAGAAAGAAUUAAAUAUCAGUAGACCUUAUAUGGAGAGAGCAUUAGAAAAAAUGACUACUAAAAUUACUUAAGAAAAACCAACAGCAGAAAUAAAUUCAAAAUUAUAAAGACUAUAUUAAGAAUUAGAGAAACAUACACGUUUGUUAGAAAAGAAAAAAGUUAAGUUUUAAAAGAAGCCUAUUGAAUAAUAAAUGUAGGAUUAAACUUCUAUAUUGGAAGAAUCAGAAUUCCAAGAUAAAGUAGCAUCUCUUAAUGCUUUAGAAGCAAGAUUAUGGAGAAUGCAAUAAAAUUAUUAGAAUGAAAUAAGAAUUCGAGAUGAUACCUUAAAAGUAACUAUAACUAUCAUAAUUGUAGAAAGUUAAGUAGAACUUAAAUGUGUUGAGAAUUUAAAAAGAAGCUGAAAAUGAAUAGGUUCCAAUCCCUGUUUAAGUUGAACAACUUUAAUAAUCUCAAUAUCUCGAUAGGAAAUAAAUUAGACUUAAGGAUUAUUAAAAAUAUAAAUUUGAAGUAAUUAAUAUUAUUAUUAUACAUAGAAAAUAUGGAAUAGAUAACCUCCUCCUUCUUAUACUUCGAAACAAGUUUUAAUUGAAGAAGAGAGAAAGAAACAACUUUAAUUAAUUAAAGAAUAAUAGGAAUAUGAAUAAGAAUUGUUACGUAGAAAUGGUCAUUCCAAUAUUAUAGGUAAUCAUAAUGAUCAUAUUUCUAAGAAUAAUAAUGA